AAAUGUGACGUAUAAGUAUGCUUGUUUGCUCGACUCGGGUUGAAGAGUCUACCAGUGGUAGCUCGCUGUGAAAAGAAAGCUUGGAACAAUGGGAUCGAUCUUCAGUAAAAGCAAGGACUCGCCCACGGGCCCCGUCGCCAUGAGCCAUUACGCCAAAGCACAAACCGUUAAGCCUCCACUAAUUGCAAACGACAACGCUUUUCUAGGAGACGUAGCUUCAUCCGAGACAAUCGACCCAGAAAAGCCGAUAUCAGCUGGGUUCUACCGCUUGGAGAAAGGAACCCCUCUUGUGUACGAGUAUACAUACCACGAGAUGAAGGUAAUUGUGGAGGGGAGUUUCGACAUUAGUGACGAAGCAGGCAAUAAGGUGCAUGCUGUCCCUGGUGAUGUCUUUUACUUUCCCAAAGGGAGUAAGAUUACAUUUACGACGGAUGACUAUGGGCUUGGCUUUUACUGUGGGCAACGUAAAAGGGAUACGGCGUAAUUGUGUAUCUUUAGGGAGACAUUAUGG